CCUGCUGCAGCGACGACGCGCCCUCCUCUACCUCUGCCCUCCGCUUCUUCCUCUUCGCAGCGCGGCCCUCAUCGCCAACCCACAAUAUUCCCGACACCAUCACUGAAGGAGAGUGACUGAGUGAGUGACUGAGCGUGGCCUCCCGGCGUUCGCAUUAACAAUUCGGUGCAUUCUUCAGUGUUGUUGUUGUUACGGUUAUGGCGCCAACAGCUGCCGCCACAGCCAUGGCAGCGCAGUUUGCCUCCAUGGCGGUGUCAUCACCCUCCAUCUCCGCUGCCAAGCUUUCCUCCUCCUUCACUGCCAACAAUGCCUCGCUUCUGUCGCUGCGGAAGCGUGUCUCCGUCGCCCCCGUGCGACCCCGCAGCGUGGACGUGCAGGCCAAGGGUGGGUUCAUCCCCGCUGAACACCGUUGGAUGUACGAGGGCAUUGAGAAGAUGGGUCCGGAUGUGUGGAACACGACAUACUACCCUAAGGCAGACGACCACAAGAACGUGGAAAAGAAGUGGUACAUAGUCGAUGCAACUGAUAAGCGCCUCGGGCGCUUGGCAUCCACAAUUGCUAUCCACAUUCGAGGGAAGAAUGUUCCCGCGUAUACUCCCUCCACCGACAUGGGCGCUUACGUUGUGGUGAUCAAUGCCGAGAAGGUUGCAGUGACGGGAAAGAAGAGGGAGCAGAAGCUUUACAGGAGGCAUUCUGGCCGGCCUGGAGGCAUGACGGAGGAGACCUUUGACAAUUUGCAGAGGAGAAUCCCACAGCGCAUUGUGGAAGCUGCAGUACGCGGCAUGCUACCCAAGGGCCGAUUGGGAAGACGGCUGUUUACUCAUCUGAAGGUGUAUGAGGGAUCGGACCAUCCUCACAUUGCCCAGCAGCCAGCGCCUUUGCCUAUCGCAGACAAGAGGAUCAACAUUGUUCAAUAAAGUUUGUAUGGGUAUUCUCCGUUCAAUUUAACCUAGCAUCUUGCAUUUUUUUAAGCGAGGGAAUUCAUCGUUCACAAAACAUCAACUAGUGCAAUUCCUUUAAAACAAUGAUGCUCCGUUUCCUGCGUUAGUUGAACAGCAUCACGACGAAUGACGCAUGGCACCAGAGAAAGAGCAGAGAUGAAGGAGAAGAUACAUAAGAAGUAGCCAGUGUCUACUGACAUCAUGAUGAAAAGGGAGGAGUCCUUGACGAUCUACUAAUCAGAAAGCGAGAGCGCUCAUAGUAGAAGAACAUAACAUUAGCAAAUGCGAACAUUUCUGAUUAGUGUAAGACUGUACUAUGCGUCUGUUCCACACUCCACUUCAGAAUCAGACGUAAGGUGAAGAAGAAAGUAUAAAUUCGUUCAUUGUGCUACUCCAAACAAACUUAAUAAAUGAUUAACACAUGCUACA